UCUGGAGGGAGAAGCAGGUUCGUCCUCAAUCACGCACUAUUGCGGACGCGUGCGCCAGACGGCAUCGUCGUGCGCGAAGUUUUCAAGACACACGUCCGGGAACCCACACGACACACCGGAGAGAAUCGUCAAUGAAGUGAAGCACACACACACAGAGAGAGAGAGAGAGAGAGAGAGAGAGAGAGAGAGAGAGAGAGCAUCGUCGUGCGCGGAGUUUCCAGACGUACGUCCGUGAACCCACACGACACACCGGAGAGAAUCUGCAUGAAUUGAAGCACGGAGAGAGAGAGAGAGAGAGAGAGAGAGAGAGAGAGAGAGAGAGAGAGAGAGAGAGAGAGAGAGAGGCUACUGGUUGAGCGAGCGAGCGAGCGAGAGAGAGAGAGAGGCUACUGGUUGAGCUUACGUCCUUCUCUGCAGACGGUCGGAAAAUGGUGGACUCCAAACGCCAGGUUCACAUCGAUCUCCUGGGCGGAGCCGGCCCUACCCCUUACGUUCAUACAGCGGAUGAUUGUCAAUUCCUUGCCUCCGUUUGUGUUUUUAUAUCCUUUUUGGAAAUUUAGUUGGUAUUGGCAUAUGAAGGAUGAGCCGAUGUGCCAUUCAGUCGCCAUGCAUGAUCAUGAGGCAUGGCGAUUUUGGCUUGUGCUGUGUUUGUGCCUCGGGGUUAUUAAGCGCGCCUCAUCUUGGGAACACUUUUUUUGUGCUCAGGCCUGCUCUGGACCAUUGGAGGCCUGGUACAUGGACGACCUGGACACGGAUCAGCGGCUUCCGCAUAGACUAAUCCCCAACCGUCCUGCUUCUUUGAAGGAUCUCGAAGUUCUCAACCUGUUGUUUUAUUGUCAGGACAUCAUAACUGUUUCACCGGACAAGCUGCCUAACUAUGAAGAGAAGAUUAAAUCGUUUUAUGAAGAGCACCUGCAUACAGAUGAGGAGAUCCGUUACGUUCUCGAUGGAAGCGGGUACUUUGAUGUACGUGGAGCUCAGGACGAGUGGAUCCGAAUUCAUGUGAAGAAGGGUCACAUGAUCGUUCUUCCGAAGGGAAUAUACCAUCGGUUCACUCUCGACGAAAGCAAUUACAUCAAGGCAAUGCGAUUGUUCAUUGGAGUUCCAGUCUGGACACCGUAUAACCGCCCCCAAGAUGAGAACCCUGCCAGGUGAGCACUCCCUUUAUGCAAAUGUCAU